GGCACAUUUUGGCUGGAAUAACCUGCAAGAAAUGCAGCCACCAGUUUGGGAAAAAACUAACUGAAUUAGUACCUCCUACGGUCUAAAUCUUUGCAUCUCGCGUGACUAAGCCGUUAUGCGAUCGCUUUAUGUUAGGUCACGCAUUCAAAGCGUGUCACGAGACUUUUAAAUAAGGAAUUCUUCGUGUAAAUCAAAAGUGUCAGUGAAUUUCGGUGAUUUAGGAACAAGUUUUAAACCUAAAAUGGACGAUGGAAAAGAUACAACAGGUUUGGUGGCUUUUGGUGUAGAACACAGCGUGGAAACGGAUUUCAAUUCGGUGCCACUGAAAACAGCUGAAAGUGUUGACGAUAUUCAAGUGAUUACUGCUGAACCAGUGAGCACAACAAUCUCUGCAUCAUCGUACCUUAGCCCUGCUGUUGGAGGUGCUUCCCCGUCCAGUGACUGCAGCUGUGAGAUGUGCUGUACUAAUUGUAUGGAGUGUGUUAAAUGCUUUUGGGAAAGCCUAUGUUGUUGCUUAGAGAAACCAGAAGAAUGUAAUGAAUGUUUGGAGACAUUGCGAUGUUGUGUUGAUAUUUUGUUGUGUAACUAAUACAUGUGAAUAAUUACUGGAAAUAUAUGAAAAUCAUAUGUGUGCACUGCGGUGAAGAAAUUAGAUAUAAGCGGUCCUCGCAGCUAUAAACACUGCUGAACUAGUGAUUGAAAUGAGACCUGAAAAAAAUUCAGGCCCGUACGGGAUUUGAACCCAUGACCUCUGCAAUACCGGUGUUGCGGCUAUCUGAAAAGGUAUAUGUUAAAGCUUGUUCUUCUCAGAGAUUUCUUUUCAUGGAAUUUCCAUUCAAACUAAGAUCGUAAAUAAAGCGUUAACCUUGUUUAUAUCCGUUAACCUUUGUGAUAUGCUGAGGAUCAUACCACUAAAGAGUCAAUCUACACUAAGUCACGCUGAUUCACGCUACGUCACGCUAGGUGACACUCAGUCUAACUGUCACACACGUACAAGCUCACGCUCGGUGGUCUUCCUCGUCCAUGCCCCUGUCUCGCUCUUAAUUCAUUUAACAGUAAAAUAUAAUGCAUCAUAAAUUCAACGCGUAGAUUUAAGACCUAACUAUUAUUAUCAUCAAAAUUGUUAUUAUU